UGUUGAAGGAGGAAGGCAGUCUAGAAGGGGAAACUGCAGUAAAAAACAUAACAAGUGUGAGGAAUUCAGGGGUUUCCAACAUGGCAUCAUGCGAUACCCUGUACAUCGAAACGGACGGCUCAGAGAUGCCAGCUGAGAUAGUGGAACUCCAUGAAAUCGAAGUGGAGACCAUCGAGACAACAGUUGUUGGAGAGGACGACGAUGAACAGCCCAUGAUCGCUUUACAGCCCCUUGACUCAGAUGAUCCACACUCAAUGCAUCACCAUCAUCAGGAGGUAAUAUUGGUGCAAACACGAGAAGAGGUGGUUGGUGAAGAUGAUUCGGACAUGCACGGGGACGAUGAUUACGAGGACCAAAUUCUUAUACCUGUCCCAGUCCCUGCCGCUGAAGAGGAAUAUAUCGAACAGACUCUGGUGACUGUCGCCGGGAAGAGCUCGGGGCGGAUGAAGAAGGGGGGAAGCGUAAAGAGAAAUAAAAAGAGUUACUUGGGUGCACCGGAGGCCAGUAGUAGAAAAUGGGAACAGAAACAAGUCCAGAUAAAGACUUUGGAAGGAGAGUUUUCGGUGACCAUGUGGGCAUCGGGUAAGUUUAACGUUAGAGCUCUAUCGAAAGUGUGUUCUUGCAAAUUUGCCAGCUGCAUUGUUCUUGCGGUGUGUGCCCUGUAACUCGGCCUCGUACGGGCGUUGUCCUCAGGCUAAUUUUAGCAGAAUUCUUAACUGUUUUCCAAGUCCGAAAUGCAUGCCGUGUAUUUGAAAUGUUUUUGUUUUUAUGGGAAGCCAUGUUUUAUGUGUUGAUGGGCGCCGCCAUGUUCCCCUGGAACAGUAUGGCGGACCGAAAAAAUGGCGUUGAUUUGGCCGGGGAAAGAUGGCGGCGGGUGGGAGCGAGCGCGCUGCUGCAGGAGUAGGCCGCUGUGGCGCAGUUCAGCACAGGGGCCUCGGCUCGAAACUCUCGAGAAGAACGGGGGAGGCUAGAUGUCACAAGACUGGAUGUGCUACUGCUAGCGACCGUUCUAACCGCGGCGAAGAGUCGACAAGAAUGGAAUCUCAGUCGUUUGAUAUUUUAGUCAUUAAAUUUUUUUCUCAAUUGUGCAGUCUGCCUUGUUGGCUUUUUGAGACUCUGACCUGAGAAUAUUUAUUUGAAUUGUUUGGCUUUCGUCAGUUAGCUAGCUAGCUAACCUUAAUCCUAGUAACAAACUGAGUUUACAGACUUGAAACGUCAGUCAGCCAGUUAACGUUAGCUAACUAGCUACCUUGAUUUGAGUUUCUCAAAAUCCCGACGUUAGUCUGUCUGAAUUGUUGCAAGUAUAGUUAUGGCUAUUCACUAAGUCGUACCAUUAAAAACUAGGGCCAUUCAAAUGGAACUAAAAUGUGCAUUCACUUUCUGUUCAACUGUGCAGACCAAAUACUGCUUUCAACUGUAAAAUGUGAGAUUGUGUAUAUUUUACACAAUUAUGCUCCCCAGUUUUCAUGCCAUACAUUUUCCUGGUGGUUAGAAGAGUGAUAUUCUUUGUUGAUUUGGUAUUUCAAUUGACCAUUUGGGUCAGACAUCAAAUGCAAAUCAUAUCCCUGUGCACCUGUUUUAACUCUGCUCCUUUGCUCUCUCAGAUGACAAGAAGGAAAUUGACCAUGACACUAUGGUGGAGGAGCAUGUCAUCGGGGAGAAUUCCCCUCCCGAUUACUCAGAGUACAUGACAGGGAAGAAGCUCCCGCCCGGAGGCAUCCCAGGGAUCGACCUGUCAGACCCCAAAACAGCUGGCAGAAUUUGCGAGGUGAGUUAGAGACACAAGGCCAUGUUCAUUAGGCACCUAACGGAGGGAAACUGGGAGGGACUAGUCCAUUAAGAAACCCUUGUUUUCGUUUUCCGUUGCAAAACAUUUCCUGUUGCAUGACCUAAUAAAUAAAACCAUAUGUAGGCUUAUGUACUGUUACAACGUUCCCCUCUUGAACUCUCCCAAAGUGUAGUGAAUACAAGAUCUUUGACCUAUCAUGUCUUUUGCAGGAUGAAGCCAAGGAAAAUAAAGGAGGACGACUCUCCCAGGACGAUAGCUUGCCCCCACAAAGUAAGUGUGCUCUACUAGUCUAAGGGCUAGAUUCUAUCAGAUCCGCAUUAGCUGCAAUCCGCGUAGCGGUUGUUUUGGCGGAAGUGAAACCGCGUUAGCGCUGUCAACCCCCCCCCAAUAUCUAAAUGUACAUGAAAACAUGCAUAAAUGCCUAUCAUUAUUUCUAUCAUCGAUAGAGCCUAGACUUUCUAUUGCCGUAUUGAACUUCUAACAUGGAUAAUAGGAAGGGAGUGGCUUUUGACACGAGCAACCGCUCACCGAUUUGUCAGCUCAUACCGCAGUUACACCGUCAGAACAUCGCUAUGCAGAUGUCGGCCAACGCAGGUUAACGCUCGAUCUGAUUGAAUGGAGUCCUAACUGGUAUUGGAGAAUGGUAACACAGGCACUAGAGCAGUGUUUGGGUAAAUAAUGGUAUUCACCUAGCCGGUAUGCUCUGUGAUUGCCCUAUAAAAUCUGCAUUGUGGAUGGAAUCCAGACAUUAAAACUGAAUUUAUUGAACUUAGUAGGAAAUGCAUUAAUUUGCCACAGUGAAUCAUAAGGCAUGAACAAAAUGCAUCAGUUAUUCGUAUUUUCAUGCAACUUUCUGAAACGGCAGAGGAAUGCCACUGUGUGUGGUGCGCGUGCGUAUGUCUACACUUUGUGUAGCCGUUAGAGAUGAUGCUAAUGAUAACUUCUUGUAGAGAUGGAAAGGCUUUCCCAAAAACCUUCUCAGUUAAAUGUUAACUAAAAAGUAGCCUAUGAUUAUUUGUAUCUGUCCAGUGGCCAUUUGUUUAGCAAACUCUGCGAUCACAUGAGCGCUACAGCAACACUGCUUAACCAAACAACAGUCGCUUCCUGGUGAGCACUUGCAUUAAAGGGUAAUGACACCCAAAAAUAUAUAUUUAUAAAAAACAUUGUGUGUAGUAUAUAUACAUAUGUGUAUAUAUACAUAUGUGUAUGUGUAAUAUAUGUAUAUAUACAUAUGUGUAUAUAUACAUAUGUGUAUGUGUAAUAUAUGUAUGUAUGUGUAAUAUAUGUAUCGCUCUGGAUAAGAGCGUCUGCUAAAUGACUAAAAUGUAAAUGUAAUGUAUAUGUAUGUGUAAUAUAUGUAUGUAUGUGUAAUAUACUGUAUCGCUCUGGAUAAGAGCGUCUGCUAAAGACUAAAAGGUAAAUGUAUGUAUGUAUGUGUAAGAUAUGUGUGUAUAUAUAUAUAUAUAUAUAUAUACUAUAUAUAUAUAUAUAUAUAUUAUAUAUAUCUCUAUAUAUAUAUAGAUAGAUAUAUUAUAUAUAUAAUACUAAUGUGGUCCUCUGUAGCUCAGCUGGUAGAGCACGGCGCUUGUAACGCCAAGGUAGUGGGUUCGAUCCCCGGGACCAUCCAUACACAAAAAAAAAUUUAUGCACGCAUGACUGUAAGUCGCUUUGGAUAAAAGCGUCUGCUAAAUGGCAUAUUAUUAUUUAUAAUAUAUAUAUAUAUAUCAUAAUAAUCUAUUUAAAAAGUUAGCUUUUGAAAGUGAAAACUGAAACCUGGAGAAUCUUAUUUAUUUUUAUAAACCAAAUCAGGCAAAAAAGAAAACAGAUUUUAUAGGGCCCUAUCUAUAGCUUAUUUGUGGUCUGAUGUGGACCUUUUGGUUUUGUCAUUUCUGAAGUUCGCAGUGAUUAAUUGCUACCUUUGCCUCUGCAGGGGUGCACUAAAAUGUUCAGGGAUAACUCGGCGAUGAGGAAGCACUUGCACACCCACGGACCGCGUGUUCACGUCUGCGCCGAAUGUGGAAAGGCCUUUGUCGAAAGCUCCAAACUGAAGAGGCAUCAACUUGUUCAUACCGGAGAGAAGCCUUUCCAGGUAUGUUUCCCCCAGCCCCUUCAAAAUGGCUUCAUAUUGAGAGAUCUACUUCUUGUCAAACAAUUACAGUUUCACAGGGUUGCAAUCUCUGCACUUUUAGCGAGCUAGCUGAUGUUAGCAUCUUAAGUUGGCAAGCUAACGUUACCGUAUCUUUUCAUUUCGCCUGUAAGAAUAAGCAGGCCAGUCUGACUGUGCUUCGCUGUCACGCAGCCUCUGAGUGCCACUGCCAUAAAGGAAAAACGUCGCACAGUGACAGUCAUGCUUGCGCCUUUACAUCACUGAAAACCGGCAGUUUCUAGCCCAAACCACUCAAGUUAUGCCCCAUAUUACCGGAGCUACCUUCUCCGCUUUCUACUGCAAUACUACUUGGUAUCGUGAUACUUGGCCUGGUAUCACAUUAUUGGUAUUGUGACAACCCCAUUUAGAAAAUAGGCACAUUUUCUUGCAGUUUACAGAAAUGUUUUGCUUGUUUCCGCCCUCACCAGUUUGCAUCCCUGUGUAUACAUUUAGUUUGAUUCUCAACACUUCUAACUUAACUUAUACAUGGCAUGUAUGGCAAUGCACCCAUAGAUGCCCAGAUUGUCAACCAGCAUUGCAGCCUCAUAAUUAAAUCUACUCUCUCCUUCUCUUUAAGUGCACAUUUGAGGGCUGCGGAAAGAGAUUCUCCUUGGACUUUAACUUACGCACGCAUGUGCGGAUUCACACUGGAGACCGACCCUACGUCUGUCCGUUCGACGGCUGCAACAAGAAGUUUGCCCAAUCCACCAACCUCAAGUCUCACAUCCUCACUCAUGCUAAAGCUAAAAACAAUCAGUGA